AUGCAUCCCAACGCUGCCUUGAGCGCGCCGAACCUCUGGUACGUCCAGCAGCAAAAGGCCCAGCGCCCCGAGGUCGUUCUCGACGUGUCGCUCGGGCAGUGGCAUGCGUGGAGCAUCUCGCAAGCGCACUGGGUGCACGAUGCUCACCGGUCGGCGUGUCACGGCUGCGGGCACAGCUUUACCUUCUUUCGCCGCAAGCAGCACUGCCGCAUGUGCGGCGAGAUCAUCUGCCGGCAGUGCGCACGGCGCGUGUGCCUGGUCACGCACGACACCAAGCGGCAACGCAAGCCCCAGCAGCGACACAUCAAGGUGUGCCCACCGUGCUACGCGUCGACGCAGACAACACGCGUCUCCAAGCUGCCGUCUCCACUUGCGUCGCCAAGCACGUUCUUUGCCACCACACCGACGAUCCCGCUCCUGGAAGAAAAGUCGCUUGCGUCGUCGUCGUUCACGGCCUCGACGUGCCCGUCGUCCCCAUACUGCUCUCUCAAAGACGAUGCGCCGACCAGCAUCGAAGAUCUCUGGGUGCACUCGAGCGAGCAAGCGCGACUUCAAGCGCUGUGGCAGCUUCAUAUCCUCGACUCGCCACGGGAGGCAACCUACGACACGAUCUGCAGCCUCUUGAGUGACCUCACCAACUGCCCAAUCGCGUACAUCAGCUUUAUGGACGCGCACCGGCAGUGGUUCAAGGCGAGUGUCGGGCUCUUCGUACCCGAGGUGCCGCGCGAAGCCUCGCUCUGCACCUCGACGCUGCACGCGCCGCGGCCGAUCCUCGUGCCCGACACGCUCCGCGACCGACGCUUUGCAUCGAACCCGCUCGUCGCGUCGGCGCACGGCAUCCGGUUUUACGCCGGCGCGCCGAUCGUUCUCGGGUCGUCUGGCGUCGCGAUUGGCACCAUCGCCGUGCUGGACACG